AUGGCUUCUGACUGUUCCCCCACGGGCUGCUCUUCUGAAUCCAGUGCCAGGGCUUCUGACUGUGCGCUUGCCUCAACCUGUUCCGUGGCAACCACUUGUCUCCCCAGCGCCUGUGCUACAUCCAGCUGCCAGACCCCCAGCUUUCUAUCCGGGUCUCGUCUGCCAACUGGGUGCCUCCCGCCGUCCUGCUUUGCUGGGAGCUGUAAUAUUCCGUGCGUGUUGGGCAACUGUGCUUGGUGUGAGGACGGUGCGUUCAAUAGUAACGAGAAGGAGACGAUGCAGUUCCUGAAUGACAGGCUCGCCAGCUAUCUGGAGAAGGUGCGCGGGCUGGAGGAGUUGAAUGCUGAGUUGGAAUGCAAGAUCCAAGAACAGUGUGAAGAGGAUGUCCCGUUGGUGUGCCCUGAUUAUCAGUGUUACUUCGACACCAUUGAAGAUCUCCAACAAAAGAUCUUGUGUACGAAGGCAGAGAAUUGUAGACUUGCUGUACAGCUUGACAACUGCAAACUGGCUGCUGAUGACUUUAGGUCAAAGUACGAAUCUGAACUCUCUCUUCGCCAGCUGGUAGAGACUGACAUUAGUGGCCUGCAUGGGAUUCUGGGAGAGCUGACUGUAUGCAGAUCUGAUCUGGAGGCCCAUGUAGAGUCUCUGAAGGAUGAUCUCCUUUGCCUUAAGAAAAGCCAUGAAGAGGAGGUCAACAUGCUUCGUGGACAGCUGGGCGACCGACUCAGUGUGGAGCUAAACACUGCCCCCACCACAGAUCUUAACAGGGUCUUGGAUGAGAUGCGUUGUCAGUAUGAAACUGUGCUCGCCAACAACCGCAGAGACGUGGAAGAAUGGUUUGCUGUUCAGACAGAGGAACUGAAUCAGCAGCAGCUAUCCAGUGCAGAGCAGCUGCAGGGCUGCCAGACGGAGAUCUUGGAACUGAAGCGCACAGCCAACGCUCUGGAAAUUGAGCUUCAAGCACAGCAGAGCCUGACAGAAUCUCUGGAAUGCACCGUGGCGGAGACGGAGGCCCAGUACAGCUCGGAGCUGGCCCAGAUACAGUGUCUGAUCGAUAACGUGGAGAACCAGCUGGCUGAGAUCCGCUGCGACCUGGAGCGGCAGAACCAGGAGUAUCAGGUGCUGCUGGACACCAAGGCCCGGCUGGAGUGUGAGAUCAACACGUACCGGGGGCUGCUGGACAGCGAGGACAGCAGGCUUCCCUGUAACCCAUGUUCUGCAACAAGCACGUCAAACAACACUUGUGAGCCAUGCUCGGCGUACAUAAUUUGCACAGUUGAAAACAGCUGUCCCUGA